CGUAUGAAUACGGCAGAUUUCAUUUUUCGAUGUGGUUGUCGUCUUUCGACCUCUUUGCUCCCAACCCUAAUUGAUUCAUCCCUUGUUCGAGAAAUCGCCCGAACCCUAGAUUUGGACUGGUCCGAAGAUGGAGCUAAAGCCCGGAAUGUCGGCUAUCGUCACCGGUGGUGCCUCCGGAAUAGGUAAAGCACUUAGUAUGGCUCUUGCACAGAAGGGCAUUUUUGUAACUGUAAUUGACUUCUCCGAAGAGAAGGGAAAAGAAGUGGUCUUGUUGAUUGAAAGGGAGAACACAAAGUUCCAUCCAGAACUUAAGUUUCCAUCGGCAAUAUUUGUUAAAUGUGACGUUACCGAUACAAAUGGUCUAGCUGCUGCUUUUGAGAAACAUUUAGAGGUGUUCGGAGGACUGGAUAUCUGCAUCAACAGCGCUGGAAUUACUCAUCAUAUCUUGUUUCAUGAAGAUAAAACCAAUGGGAUUGACACUUGGAAGCGUACCAUAAAUGUAAACCUGACUGCAGUUGUUGACUGCACCCGCAUUGCGAUUCAAAUAAUGAGGUAUAAAAAGAAGCCUGGUGUCAUAAUAAAUCUUGGCUCAGCUUCAGGUCUUUAUCCUUUAUAUGCUGACCCGAUCUAUUCUGGCACAAAAGGUGGUGUGGUUCUCUUCACUAGAGCACUUGUUCCUUUGAAACGUGAAGGGAUUCGUGUUAAUGUGCUUUGCCCCGAGUUUGUUCAAACUGAGAUGGGAUCAAAAAUAAACCCCAAAAUAGUUGAUGCAGUUGGUGGGUUCCUGUCUAUGGACACAGUGGUUAAUGGUGCAAUAGAGCUUAUUAAAGAUGAGAGCAAAGCUGGUGCUUGUCUGUGGAUAACAAGACGUAGAGGAAUGGAGUAUUGGCCUACACCAUCAGAAGAAAGAAAGUACUUAAUAAGGCCAUACAAGUCUCGAAGAAGAAUCCAAUAUACAACAACUUCUGACAUCCUUAUACCAGAUACCUUUGAGAAAGUGAUUGUCCACUCUCUGGAUCACAAUUUUCGAUUUGCUACAAAGGUUGUUCAAACAGAGUUGAAGUUGCCUAUAAAACCACACCAUGCCCUUGUCAAAAUCAUAUAUGCUGGUGUGAAUGCCAGUGAUGUAAACUUUAGCUCUGGGCGAUACUUUAAAGGCAAAGUUAACGAAAUUGCUGCACGGCUUCCAUUUGAUGCUGGUUUCGAGGCAGUUGGCAUAAUUGCUGCUGUUGGCGAGUCGGUCCAUCUGAAAAUUGGAGCCCCUGUGGCAUUUAUGGCUUUUGGAAGCUAUGCUGAAUUCUCAGUGGUUCUUAUUUUUGGCAUUCCUUUAUUUCAGUUGGGCUUGCCAAAUUGGCAGUUACAUAUGAUUAACAUCAGCUUUCAAUGUUUCUACCUCUGUAUUUUUGUACUUUUUCAGGUACCUGCAAAGCAUCUUCUUCCUGUUCCAAGACCAGAUGCAGAGGUUCUUGCGAUGCUAACAUCAGGUUUGACUGCUUCAAUUGCUCUAGAAAAGGCUGGACAAAUGGAAUCUGGACAAGUAGUACUAGUGACAGCAGCAGCUGGAGGUACAGGACAGUUUGCAGUUCAGCUGGCAAAAUUGGCUGGCAAUAAAGUGGUUGCAACAUGUGGAGGUGAAACGAAAGCUUCACUAUUAAGGUCCUUGGGAGCUGAUCGUGUUAUUGAUUAUAAGAAGGAAAACAUAAAAGAUGUGCUAAAGAAAGAAUUCCCUAAGGGUAUUGAUAUUGUAUACGAAUCCGUUGGAGGAGAAAUGUUCAAUUUAUGUCUAAAUGCUUUAGCAGUUCAUGGAAGACUUAUUGUCAUUGGAAUGAUUUCUCAGUACCAAGGAAAGCAUGGCUGGGAACCUUUGAAAUACACUGGUUUGUGUGAGAAAAUUCUUUCAAAAAGUCAAACAGUGGCUGGCUUUUUCCUGAUUCAACAUGCUAGCUUGUGGCAAGAACACCUGGACAGGCUUUUUGAUCUGUACUCUGCAGGAAAGCUUAAGGUUGCCGUUGAUCCUAAAGGAUUCAUGGGUGUUGGUUCUGUAGCAGAUGCAGUUGAAUAUCUACAUUCUGGUGAAAGUCUUGGCAAGGUGGUUGUGUGCAUUGAUCCUACAUUUUGCAAGAAAACGGCAAAAUUGUAACUUGGAAAAGCAAAAUAAAUCACACACUAAAAAAACAAGCCAUGACAUUUGAUGACUUCAAGUUGUGUCCAUUGGAUGAGUUGGAAAUAAAAUUUGUCAGAUACGACGUGGACAUGUAUCAGAUGCUUGCUCUAAUUCUUUAGUAUCUGCAAUAAUUAUUUAAAUAUUUAAUGUAUUGUAGGAUAUGUUGGAAAUAAUCCUCUUUUUUCUUGAAUGUUCUGUAGGAGGUUGUUUAGGUUGUUGAUCUUUCGAUCAUCAAUGAGAUGUUUAUAUUUUCGGAUGGAUUGUUUAUAUAGAAAAGUUAAUU